CGAUUUUGUUUUUGCGUGCUAUGAUGGUUGUGUUUUCAGUUUGACACGAUAUUCGUUUUUAUUGAUUUUUCUGUCGAAAAAUAUGUAAUUUUCACCCUUCUGAGCUAUUGUUACAAUUGCAAGUGACGAACCUAAACUUUUCCUAGUAAAGUGUAUCGAAUAGAGAAGGAUUUGGGCGCAGAAAUUAUGACCGAACCGGAUGACGCACUACAGCAAUACUUGGAACUCUGUUCCAGCGACGCCAGCCGGUUGGGCCAUCAGCUGGCCUCGAAUGCCGUCCUAGAGUGGAACGGCGUAACGAUUCGAUUCGCUGCCCGAAUAGUAAAGUUCCUGCGCCAGAAACUGCACACUGGAAUGGUACAAAGCUUCUCCGCUGCCGCCGCGGUUGAAGCCUUCGAAAAUCGACAGACUCAUACUUCGACAAAAACAAUACCACCGGAGAAUUUUAGUCUAACAAGUACUUCUCGCGUUACUCCGGCUGUGCCGGAACCCGUCGGACAAGGUACCAGUAGUCCCAAACUCAACUCUUCUCGUGAAGAUCCCGGUUUUGAGACACCCCCACGGACCCUUCCAGCGGCAGCACAUCCCCCACCUUUGACAGCCGGCCGUCAGUUCCUACUGCUUUCGAGCGACGAUGAUGAUGACGACAACGAUGGGCCCGAACGUGAACCCUCGCCCACCGCCGAUUCCCGCCAGAAUGUCUACUCGGAACUGCGCUACCUCGAGGCACUCGGUACCGUGCGAAUGGCCAGUGAGACGAAACAUCGUGGUACCCGUACCACACAUCACAUCCCCCGAAGAACGCCAACCGGUGACAGCUUGGACACGAUGCCCCCAACCCCACCCAGUACCAAUCCUGUCGAGAAGCGUACCCGCCUAAAGCUGUCCUAUCGAACGCAUCAAAACUCGGGUGAAAUUCAGUUCGCUCUAAUAAUCUAUGAGGACAUUUCACGGCGUCCAACCACCGUUCGGCGAAAUCUUUUCGCCGAAGAAAGCACCUCUCCACUUCGAUCACCAGAGCCAGACUGUCUGGAAGCCGCACCGUUACCCGAAUCUCCACCAAAUGAAGCCGACAGCGUCGGCGAUCUGGCUACCCUAAUACCACAACCACCCGCUACACCUUUCAAACGGCGCCGGUUGAUUGGUAUGCGAACAACUCCCCGGCGCAGUAGACCCGCAGCAGAAGCUUUCGUCGAAGUUGGUAGCGGCAGCAGUGGCAGUGGUAGUAGCAGUAGCAGCGCGCCAAAUGUGCAGCAAACGUGGCCUCGCAAAACUUCCGCCGUUGCCGCCGGAAGUCCCGGUGGCGGUGGUUCGGCAGCCAAAAAUCGAAAACUCAGUAAUGUUUCUACAACAAUACGGAAGCCGUUGCGGUUCUGAUUUUAUUUUGUUUUUUUUUUCCUUCGUUUUGUACAAACAGUUGUCCAGUACCUAGAGCUUUGUUUUCGAAUCUUGUUUUAAUAUAUUUUAAAUAAUAUAUUCGUCGAAUACUCAAACCAAUUCAGUAAA